AUGUUGGGUCGCUCCAACAUAGUAGGACGACGAGCUCUAAGUGCCACUACCUCGUUGAGAAACAAGGAAGUGUUCAUUAUUGGAGCUGCCCGUACACCAAUUGGGUCUUUCCGGUCGCAGUUAGCUUCGCUGUCAGCUCCACAAUUAGGAAGUGUCGCCAUAAAAGCUGCAGUGGAAAGGGGUGGCCUGAAACCGGAAGAUGUGCAGGAGGUGUG